CCUGUUCGCUCCUGGGCUGGACGAAGCUACUCGCCACUCGACGAUUGCGUCUUCGACAGACCGGCUUCCCACCAAGGGCAACUGUGCCAACUCUGGUUGCUGCUCGUGCUGUGUGGAAGGGGAUGCUAACAGCGAAGGAAGUCUUGACGACGUGUUGAAAUCUCCAUACCGAGACCACCCUCUGGCACUAGGCCUAGGGGACUCGGUGAUUGUGGGAUCGAGCAUACGGACGCCUCUCCGUCCGGCCAACUGAACCAGUACAAUCGCUCCCCCCAUGCUCCCCAGAAGUCUUCUCGUCGACGAACCGCCUGUUCCGCUCGGCCAGCGCCGAGGAGUCUCAGACCUGGCGCGAAUCGCCUUAGACCUGACCUGGGCACCCAAGAGAGCAGAGUUGGACGACUCUGCCCGGUCUCGGGCAUACCCCUCGCCGCCCAUGUCAGGGUCUCCGCCUCUUCCCACGAAGCCAUUUCAAGGGGCCGGCGAACGUGGUCAAGCCCCGGGUGGCUAUCCAACUGUCAAUCCCCAAGAUGGCUACCGCGGAACUCCGAACCAGCAGUCUCCAAUCGAUCCCCGAGGACCACCCAGCAUGCCUCCAUCGCUACCCAGGUUAUUCCAGCAAGAACAACAGGAGUCAAUGCCCUACCCAUACCGCCGGCCGGAGGAGCCCCUAACCAGGCCAGGCCAGUAUCCUCAACCCGGAGUUCUGGGCAUGCCCCAACAACCUGGCUAUCUGCCUACAGCCGGCCCCAGUGCGCCAGCACCGUAUCCUGUGCCCAGCCGGCCACUAGUUGCGGAGAGCCAGCAAAUGACUUCUCCCAAAUCCCAAAGGAAGACUAAGGGCCAUGUGGCCUCCGCCUGUGUUCCAUGCAAGCGGGCCCAUCUCCGAUGUGACGCGCAACGACCUUGCUCGAGAUGCAUCACAAACGGCAAGGAAGACUCUUGUGUCGAUGUACAACAUAAGAAACGAGGACGACCGCGCCUGAGAGACGACCGAGAUACACGAUAUGACCCGUCACGGUUCCCACACCCUCAAGACGCAGCUGCGAGACGACCGUUGAGUAUAUACCCAUCUGGUGGUGCAAUGGGCUCAGGGGAGCCGAUACCACCCAGAUACCUUGAACGGGCCCCGGGCGCGGAUGCAAAUGCGUAUGCGGUACCCUCGAUUGCAGCUCGGGUACCAGAGCCCGUGGCCUUCUUGAACAUGAAGAUGGAGUUUGCCAAAGUGUCGCCAGUGUUUGCGGAUGCCAUAGGCGGCGCCAAUAUCCAGGGACGAAAUUUAGGCGACGUUGUGGUGCCGACGGAACGAGACAGGGUCUUGGCAAUUCGAAGCCAGCUCCUGGAGGAGCAAACGAGAAAAGAGCCGAACUACCUACCUCCAAUCCUAGCCAGGCUCGACCACAUAAUACAGGGACUUGGGUUCAGCGCGGAGGAAAUCGGGCGGUUCCAACUGGAGCGUCAGGAGUAUCUGACUUUUCGAACGUUUGAUGGACAGGCUAGGCAAUAUCCAGUGCGCUUGGGUCUUGCGAAGGAAGGGUCCAUCUAUUUUGUGGUGAUGGUGUUGAGCCACACUGCACGACACUCCUACCCACAGGCGCCCUCGCCCCUUUACGCUCAAGGGUACAACCCGCAGCCGCAGACACCCCAGGCGACCUACGGCCAACGUGCCCCCGUCUCUGCAACGUUCGAUCCUGCGCGUCAGCGGUUCAACGAGGGCCCUCUCGGAUCUCGGCCGCCUCCAGGUUCAUCUGGGCAACUGCCGCCAAACCCAAACCCGGGGAUGGGGGCCGGAGCACCGUCGUAUGCUGCGUCGCCGAGUCGUCAAGAAUACCCGGGACCGACGUCGUAUCACAUCCCCCGAAGCGAAUUGACGACGACGAUUCGCCCUCGACCUCAACCGUCAUUCCAACUACCCCCGAUUCGAGCACAGCAGGAUCACGCUGAGCAUCCUGGAGAGCGGGCCUGGUCUCGGGAGGAACGCCCGGGCAGAGUCGAUAUCGGAGGGCUGAUUGAGAAGCCAGACGCGUCAGGACGGCCACGAUAGUACCGCGAUCGUCCGAUUUCUGGGCUCUCUAUCCAGUAACGGGGCAAAUGACGACAACCCCACACUCUAAACACGACAAAAACCUGCUUCUAUCGGGAACAAGCACUUGAUUCGUCCAUCUUUUGUGGUCGUACGCUG